AUGAACGCUAGCACUACGCAAAGAGCCCCCAAGACUCCAAAACCAACCGCCUCCGUGCCAAUUGUCCAAAAUAAACGCUGGCCCCCUAUGGCAAACAGAAAUGCCCUUCCUUACAAGCUCACGCACAUCUCAAAAGAGAAACUCGCCCGUGAAGCCACCGCACCAGACCCCGAUCUUCGCCGCUGCGUGGCUCACUUCCGCCUGCACUGCGGAUCCGUCUCCUGGACCGAGAAUGACAUGAAGUCUCGCAUCAGUUCAUUUGAUUUCGAAGACACCGACGAGGAAGACGAUGUGGAUGAGAUCAACACAGAACUGCCUGUCCUGAAGAACAGAGCUGCAACCCCGGCCAAAGAGACUCCGGUCGAAGUCACCGAACAAAUAUCAUACAAAUCCAAAUCAGAGACUGUCGCUGUUGCAGCUACCCCAGCAGCCCCGGCACAAACACCACCAACAUCACCUGAAAAUUCAUCCGAGCAUGGUUUUUUGGAAAAGGGUCGCAAUUGUCUUGAGGCGACCUCCAAACACCUAUGGACAGGGGGAUCUUGCAUUGUUUCCCCAAUCGCGGGUUGA